GUGACCUGCUGUCGUUGUCGGCGGCUGGUCCUCCGGCGGUGGCGGCGGGGCUCCGAGGCUCCUCUUGCCGCCCGCGCUCCUCCUCGUUGGCGGGAUGGCGGCGGUUCGCGGCCUGCGGGCCAGAGUGGAGACCGAGGCCGGCGAUACGGGCUCGGUCUCGGACCCGGAGCCCGGGGAGCACGGCUCGGCCUCGGAGCCCGAGUCGGAGCGGGGGCGGGAGGAGGAGCCGAUGGAGGUGGAGGAGGGAGAGAUAGAGCCCGAGGCCGACAAGCUGGGCUCCAUCUCAGUGCGGCGCUCCCUGAAGGAUCUGCUCCCGGACACGAGCAGGCGUUACGAAAACAAGGCUGGAACGUUCAUCACCGGCAUUGACGUCACAUCAAAGGAAGCGGUGGAGAGGAAGGAACAGAGGGCGCGGAGGUUCCACUUCAGGGCGGAGGUGAACGUCACCCAGCGCAAGGUGGUGCUCGACAAGGAGGUCCUGAGGGAAGCAAUCCCCAAGGUACGCCUGGAAGCUCUCCACGUGAUUGGGGUCGAUGAGAUGAGCACUGAAGAGAUAUUUGCCUACUUUAAGGAAUACCCCCCAUCCAGCAUAGAGUGGAUUGACGACUCUUCUUGUAACGUGGUCUGGCUGGACGAUGUCACGGCUGCUCGCGCCAUGAUAAACCUCAGUGUGGGAGCAGACAGCAGCACCAGCGUUGAUAAACUGGCUGGUGGCGAGGGCAGACACAGCUCAAGAAAGCAAGACGGCUCUGAUGUACACGACUCGUCGGAAAAGACUGACGAGGAGGAGGAGGAGGGUGAGUUAGAGAAGGAGCCUGCAAACGCUGAGGAAGUAGUGUGCAAACUGCUGGCAAACAACGAGCUGGACACCCUGUCACAGGCUGAGCAGGCGUCAAUCCUUCGAAACGACCUGAGGCCAGCGAUCAGGACUCCGCAGGGGAACAAGCUGCAAGUGAGAUUUGCCACAAAAGAUGACCGAAAGGAAUUGGGAGCCGCAAGGCGGAGUCAGUAUUACAUGAAGUACGGGAAUCCUAAUUAUGGUGGAAUGAAGGGGAUUCUGUCGAACUCGUGGAAGCGGCGUUAUCACGCGAGGCGCAUCCAGAGGGACAUUCUGAAAAGGAAGAGCUUCCUGCCCGAUGAUGUGGGGCUGGCAUCGCAUUACAAGCACCACCAUACUGGUCUGGGGAACGUUCCUGAAGAACCCAUCCAGGAGGAGGAUGAAGAGGAUGAGGCAGAGCAGGACAUGGAGGCGGACGACCGGGUGGUGGUGGAAUACCGGAACGACAGCCGCAACAGUGGACACUGGAGUCCCCGGGGCUCAGACUCUGAUGAGAUGGACUAUGAUCUCGAGCUGAAGAUGAUCUCGAUGCCUUCGCCCAAGAAGAGUCUGAAGAUGACGAUGUACGCGGACGAGGUCGAGGCUCAGCUGAAGACCAUAAGGAAUUCCAUAAGGCCAGAGACCAACAUGACAAUUGUGUCCAGCAACGUGAAGAGCCGGAUUGGUUCCAGGCUUUCGGCGGAGAAGGUUUCGGACGUUCGGCUGUUGCUGCAAGAGAAACGGCAACUGGCAGAGAGACAGCUGCCCAGUGCAGGGAGCAGCUCAGUCACAGGUGUGAGGCAGAGGCUGGGCAAGCGGCCGCACUCGCCACAGACCGUCAGCAUCAGCCGGCGUGAGCCUCAGACAGAUGUCCACAGCAGGCUGGGCUUUUCCAAACAGGACAGCAGGAGUUUCCCACCAGACAAGGGCAAGAAAACGGGGGGUUUGUGGAGCCGUCUAGGGAAGGUACGCGGGAAAGGGGAGAAGUUGCCGGAGAAAGAGGCGGACAAGGACGCUCCUGCGGUGAAGGACAAGGAAGAGCCGGCAGCGGGAGAGGAGAAAGAAGAGGACGGCGACACAGCUCUGCAGCGAGCCUGGGGCGCCCUGAUCCGGGAGAAGGAACGCUCGCACAAGAAGAGUCGGCUGGACAACCUGCCCUCGCUCCAGAUUGAGAUCAGCCGGGAGAGCUCCACCUCAGACAGCGAAUCGUGACUUCCAGGCACCCCAGUCAAGAACUUUGCUCCUCCACCGAGACAGAGAUGGCAGCUCUGGGUACCCCAAUGGACAGCAGCCGGCCCUGGGCUGAAAUCUGGCGUGUUUAAUCCCCCAUCCCUGAGCCCCCCCACACCCCUCCGCCAUGUUACAUUUCAUUUUAUGACUGAAUUAAAGUUAACCUUGAAAGCCA